AUGGCAGGCAUACUCCUCUUCCUCCCCUUUGCGGUAACUGUAGUAGCAGGAGCAAUCUUUCGAAGAGAUUAUCCCAGUAAUGAGCCUCUCACAGCCUGUCCUGGAUACAAAGCUUCCAAUGUUCAGAUCAGCUCGUCGGGACUCACUGCUGAGCUGACAUUGGCUGGGCCAGCAUGUGAUGCGUACGGGACUGAUUUAACGGAUCUGACUCUGGAGGUCUCAUACGAUACUGAAACUCGCUUGCAUGUCAAGAUUCAAGAUGUCUCAAACAACGUAUACCAAAUUCCCCAAAGUGUGUUCCCACGGCCACAGGUGGGAGGUUCCACAGCAGCCCAAUCAGCCCUGGCCUUCAACUAUACCGAAGAGCCUUUCUCAUUCUCUAUAUCACGGUCCCAGAGUGGCGAGGUUCUCUUUGAUACCUCCGCUGCCAACAUGAUCUUUGAGUCCCAGUAUCUGCGCCUGCGAACCAAGCUCCCUGACAAUCCAUUCCUAUAUGGGUUGGGCGAGCAUUCAGACCCGUUCCGGUUGAACACGACUGACUAUAUUCGAACUUUAUGGUCUCAGGAUUCUUAUUCCGUUCCUGAAGGUUCCAAUCUGUACGGUAACCAUCCGGUUUACUUCGAGCAGCGCGAAAGUGGUAGCCACGGGGUCUUCUUCUUGAACUCCAACGGAAUGGAUGUUCUCAUCAAUAACACCGUGGACGAAGGCCAGUAUCUCGAGUACAACACUCUCGGCGGCGUACUUGACUUCUACUUCAUAGCUGGUCCAUCACCGGUGGAGGCCGCACGACAGUACUCGGAAAUUGUAGGUCUACCAGCGUUGCAGCCUUAUUGGGGGUUAGGCUUCCAUAAUUGCCGAUACGGUUACCGCGAUGCUUUCGACGUGGCAGAAGCCGUCUACAACUAUAGCCAAGCCGGUUUGCCUUUAGAAACCAUGUGGACAGAUAUCGACUACAUGUACCGCCGCAGGGUCUUCUCAUUGGACCCCGAUCGGUUUCCUCUUGAGAAGAUGCGACAACUCGUUGAUCAUCUACAUGCCAACGACCAGCACUACAUCAUAAUGGUUGACCCUGCAGUGGCCUAUCAAGAUUUCCCUGGUACUCUUCAGCGCGGCAUCGAGGAUAACGUUUACAUGCUACGUGGAAAUGGUUCUGUAUGGAAAGGGGUGGUAUGGCCUGGGGUUACUGUUUUCCCAGAUUGGUUUGCAGAAAACAUCACAUCUUUCUGGAAUGGGGAGUUCGCCUCCUUUUUCUCUCCGGAGGAAGGCGUUGAUAUCGACGCUCUUUGGAUUGACAUGAACGAACCCAGACGCCUCGGCUAUCGGCUAUCCUCCCGAGCCACCCCCAAAGUUCUGUCUCGCGACACUCAGGCACUAGACACACGUAAUGGUUUUUCUGGAUCAGACGCUGACAUUCGAAUCUCAAAGCGUCAAGAAGGCCAACAGCAAGGUCUCCCUGACCGAGACUUGCUCUAUCCCAAAUACGCAAUUCACAAUAAAGCAGCCUACCAAGAUGACUGGAACGCCGACAAGGGUGGUAUUUCCAAUAAGACUGUCAACACAGAUUUGAUCCACCAGAACGGGUUGGCUAUGUAUGAUACGCAUAACCUAUACGGAUCAAUGAUGAGUGUCGCUUCUCGAGAUGCCAUGCUUGCAAGGAAACCAACGCUGCGACCACUCAUCAUUACACGAUCGACUUUUGCCGGCGCGGGUACAACGGUCGGACAUUGGCUAGGUGACAAUUUAUCGACGUGGUGGCACUACCGUUUGGCGAUAAGAAGUAUGGUCUCAUUCGCCGCGCUAUACCAAGUCCCAAUGGUCGGGGCUGACGUAUGUGGAUUCGGGUCGAAUACUACAGAACAGUUGUGCGCGAGAUGGGCUGCCCUUGGAGCCUUCGCCCCAUUCUAUCGCAACCAUAACGAGCUGAGCAGCAUCCCGCAAGAGUUCUACCGAUGGGACUCAGUCGCGGCUGUUGCUAGGAAGUUUAUUGGCAUUCGCUAUCAACUUCUGGACUACAUGUACACUGCACUAUAUAGACAGACGGUGGACGGUACACCGAGUGUCAACCCCUUGUUCUUCAUCUAUCCUGAAGAUCAAACAACUUGGGAUCUGGAGCUGGAGUACUUUCUCGGUCCUGGUCUCUUGGUAGCUCCAGUCACCGAGGAAAACGCCACCAGCGUUGAUGUCUACCUGCCUAAGGACAUAUUUUACGAUUUCUAUACACACGAGAAAGUUCAAGGAAACGGCGCGUCCAUUACCCGCGACAACCAAACUUGGCUCGAUCUUCCUCUGUACUACCGCGGAGGCGUCAUUGUACCUCUUCGCGUCAACUCAACUAUGACUACAACUGAGCUUCGAAAACAAGACUUUGAGAUUAUCGUGCCCGUAGGGGCUGACGGCACUGCUCAAGGCGAACUUUACCUCGAUGAUGGGGUCAGCCUCGUGCAAGAUUGUGUCAGCUCAAUUACUUUCAAGUUCGAUGGGACUGUUCUGACGGCGGAUGGCGAGUUCGGCUACGAAACUACUGUGAAGGUAUCUAAGGUCACCGUCUUGGGGCUAUCUGGCAGCACUGUCACUAUCACAGUUGACAAGCUAUUGACUGAGGCCUUCAGUGUCGAAAUUUCUCAAUAG